ACAGUCACCAGUUGCUCUCUGGAGGUCGCCUGUUCAUCUCAAACGUGAGCAGUUCGCAGGCAGGGACGUACUCCUGUGUAGCUUCUAAUUCACGUGUUAGACAGAAGACGUCAGCGCCAUUCGUCACCCGACUUGUCGUCAGCAGCGGCGAGCAAUGGCCAAAGAAACCACCGCGUAUUGUGGUUUCUCCGGAGCCGGUGAAUUGGGCGGCAGAGGGAGACACCGUCAGGCUGGAGUGCGCAGCGGACGGGUGGCCGGUCCCGACGGUCGCCUGGCACCGGUCCACGCUCGGCGCUCGGUGGUCCGAACGCUUCUCCCAGGGCGCGGCCGCUCUGACGAUACGACAGCUGAAGGUAGAGGACGAGGGCACCUUCAUUUGCGAGGUGGUCAGCGAGGCAGGUGUCGUCACCCGCCGCCACAGAGGUCAGGGUCUCCGCACCUGUGUCUGUGUGGACGUCUCCCACGGACCUGUCGGUGCCCGAGGGCGCCGCAGUCGAGCUGCUCUGCUCCGGUCGCGGCUGGCCGCCCCCAGAGCUGACCUGGGUCUUCAACGGCAGACCCGUGCCUUCUACCGAGCCAGACCCAGAGACGGAUACCGCUCGGGAGCCGGAGUCAGCACAACAGCGGGAAACUGGGGCAGUGUCGGGGCGGAAACUGGAGACUGGUGCAGACGUUGUGCCUGAGGACGGGCAGGGAGCGCUGGCGGUGGCAGAGGGACAGGCCGCCGGCGCCGGGAGCGGGCGGAAUCACGUGCGGAGACGUGCUCUGAAGUUCCGCGCGGUCCGCCGGCAGGACGCCGGCCUGUAUCAGUGUUUCGGACACGGCGCCAAUGGUGACGACAAGGCAGCAGUGCUGCUCAAGGUAAUUCCGCAAAGGACGGUGUCGGAGGAGCGUCCGUCUGCGUCACUGGAGUCAUUCAAGGACCGGCACGACACCAGUGACCGGCGGCCGACAGUCCUCCUGGUACCGCCCGGCGCCCCGGCCGUGUACCCCAUCUCCGAGUCGGCAGUCAUGCUGCAGUGGCAGGUACCGCCCAACGACGGGCUGGCCGUGCUCUUCUUCAAGAUCCAGUACCGGCGCACGCCGCGCCGUAGGCACGGCUGGCACACCGUCGACUCGGACGUACCGGGAACGGCCAGGUCGUUCGAGGUCAGCGGACUCAAACUGGGCGGCAGGUACAAGUUUCGCGUGUUGGCCGUGUACGAGAACAAGGACAACAAGCACGGGCCCAACUCUCGCACUGUGAGGAUGGUUCGGCUGCUCGAGACGGCCCGUCCGCCGGGCUCGCCGACCGUCACCCAGCUGUGGCCUCUCAAUAUCACGGCCAUCCGCUGCUCGUGGUCCUACCACGACGUGCGAGCGGCACCCGUGCAGGGCUACUUCAUACACUACCGGGACGCGGCGACCGCCGGCGGCUACUCAAAGGUGACCGUGCUCGGCGAGACGACCAAGACUCACGUCCUGACAGCUCUGCAGCCGGCCACCGUCUACGAGGUCAAGGUGCAGGCCUUCCACAGGGCCGGCGGCGUGUCCACCUUCUCGCCCAUAGUCACCCAGUCCACGAGAGCUCUUCCAGAAGCCUCCACGGACCGCUCUACCGUCUCCGGGGAGCACCCAUCGGCGGGUGGUGGGCCGGGCGGUGUCCCCACCAGUCUGGAGACGGUGGUCGGGGGAGCGAUCGGUGGACUGCUGGUACUGCUGGUGACUCUGGUCGUCGCCUGCCGGUGUCGCUCAGUCACCUCCGCAAAACGGAGAGCGGCGAUGAAAGGCAGCGGUGACAGCCUACGGGAGGGCAGCGUGAUCCAGUCGCUGAGGGUUUCAGCGGCGAGGCCUGAAAACGACCAGAUGCUGGAGACCAAUCCCUAUACGCAGGAGAUAUCCGCCGAGACGAAACUCACUGAGGAGUCUCCAGACGCAGGAACAUCGAACAGAGGACACAGCAGCACCUUACCAGCUGCGCCCCUCAACAAUAACAAACGCCGUCCCGGGAGACGCCGGCGGCACAGUCCUCCGUCCGACUUACAAUCAGGCAUUGAAAUGCAGUCCCUGACAAGAAGACCAACAAUAUGCUGAUCCGAGUCCAGGGAAAACGCCGAGCUGUGAGCUGAUUCGUCAUUCCUUCCCCGUGCGAACUCGCGUGAACCAAUGGCUGAACAGAUGGUAUAUAUAAUGUAACUACAUACAACUGCUUACAAUAACGUAAUUUCAUCGCAGGUUCAUAAAACUGAUUUGUUUGUUUUUAUCGUGACCAUUCAGCGAUAUUAUCGUCGACUGCAUGCAUAUGAAUUGCAGGGUCUUUUCCGUCCAUGUUUCUGUUUCUUACCUGCGGCUGCCACCCUGUGCUAUGUAAGCAGUGGCGCGGGAACCGGGGGGGCUAGCGGGGGCUGAGCCCCCCAGCUUUUCGGCUGGGGGGGGGGCUCGUAAUGUAUUUGAGCCCCCCCAGCUGGAGGAAUCGAAAUAGGAAAUCUACCAACAUAAUUUCAUAGAUUCAUACAUAGGCGCGGGAACUGGGGGAGGGGGCAGUGGGGGAAGCUUGCCUCCACAACUCUGCGGCCGUGGGGGCGGUGCCCCACAACGUUUCAUGAGUCCAGGAACCGUUGGGCAGCUUGUCCUCUCCAAAUUAGGGGUUGUGGGUCGCAAAGGAAGAAAGCAUGUACGUGAAAAAUCCACCUAUUUCACUGGCUCGGCAACUCAUUUGGCAGAUUAAAACCUUUACUGCAGGUUGCCAAAACGGUAAUUUCUUCACUCAGCUGAGACGGAAUACCUCACUUUUUGAAAAUAUUUUCGUUUUUUUAUUGCUGUUGAAAAGGCCAAUGUCUGAAAAAUAAGUGGCCUAAAACCGGUGAGAAAACUAGAUUUGGGGGUACCCUAGGUUGAUUUCUAUUAUGGUUUAGCCCCCCCAGUCUGGAAGAAGUUCCCGCGCCACUGUAUGUAAGAUAGUUUACUGCAGACUUGUAAUGCUCACUACAAAGGGGAGUAAUAGUGUGGCUACUAGGGUGACCCGCGUGCUCCGCAACGCGAAAAGGGAUAUUUUCGAUCGGCGGGUGUUCGGUUGUUCUUGAGUCGGUUGGGUUAUCUAUCCAUUUCGGUCGAUUGCUUUUUGACGGCUAAACGUUUUGGUUUGUGGAAAAAAAUAUCCACCGCAUCGAGGUGCCCGUGUCUGAUAAGCAUGCUUUUUACUUCAAAAUCUGUCAAAUGUGCUUUAUAAUUGAGGUGCGUAGUUUUAAGACAAAUGAAAGGCGUAGAUAAUUUUCGCUAAAAAUCGUUUUGCAGAGGUUUAAAACAUUUAUAUUUUUAAGAAUACUGUUGCUUGUCAUGCAAACGUGAUGAUUGGAUCUUGGAGAGAAUUGAAUGCUCUUUCUAAUGAUAGCAUUUUCAAUUGUCAAGCGUAUCAGGUUAAGCAGCAAAUCCCGUGUAUCUUUUUAGUGGCACAUUAUGGACAAAUACCAUUUUAAUUCAGCGAUUUU